GUUGCGACACUUUCAUUGUUGAACGAUCAUUUUUUUCUCGAUCAAAGAUGGAUGUUCUAAAUUUAUUGUGGAAAAUGUUUGUUUCUGUAGUGAUGAUAAAGGUUAUUAUGGCAGAGGAGUGCAUUAGGUUGCAAGACUAUUUGGAUGAAUUCAAUAAAUGCUGCAAAUAUAGCCCGCCCUAUCCACGGGAAAGUUUUGAACAAUGUUUAAAGACAACAACAGAAAAAGGCGGAACAGAUGAAGAGGAAUAUCUAUCGUGCGUUUUUGAAUGUUAUUUCGACCGGCUCGGCUUGAUUGUCGAUAAUAGGCUCCAGCUGGAUAAGGUAUCCGAACAUCUGCAGUCGAUGAGUGAGGAUGUUCGGAGCACGGUUAUUGCAGCGUACAAAAAAUGUGAUGCUGAAACAACUGGAUCACAACGCGUUUGCCAUUCAUAUGCACGGGAGCUUGAAACUUGCACGAUAAUAGAAAUCAGCCGACGAUGCCCGGAUGAGCUUUAUAAUCCGACUGAAACCUGCGACAAGAGAAAGGUUGCCGAAAUAUGCAAAAGUUGAAACGGAAACAUUGUAGAUAUCUAGAAGGAAGUAAAACUUAUUUCAGCAAUCACAGUAGUAGGUUGAAUCCUGUCCCAUUGUUUCCUAUUGAUAAUUGGCCGGAUCGGACUAUGGGAUCAAAAGUAAUGGUCAAAAUAAAAAUUUCAAAACCACAAUACAUAAUCAUUUUUUUUGGCACUUAUGCUCAUCCGAUUUGCUUGCAACAAGUUGCGUUUGGCGAGAAAUUUUACAAUGCACAUAAAUAAAUAUGAAAAA